AUGGCCAACAAUCAUUGGGGCCCUACACCAUGGGUGGGCUCCGAGGUAAUGACAAGGAUGAACCAGAGGUUUCCCGAGGGUGACGAUACGGAUAAUAUAUACUCAACAUCAGCACCAAUCUUCAAUGACUUUUAUGCCGCUACAAAUCUUACCCCCGAGGGGCGGCAAGCAAGGGUUGCAAGUUUCGGGGCAUGGAACUUACCAGACCAUGUUGACGAUCAAAGAGGGUAUCCCGCCAAUCAUCUCGAGGCUCAAUUUCAAGUAGCAGGGACGCAAGACCCGGAAAGGGUUCCCCCUGGGCCCUUUAACGGAAAGUCCAUAGAAGAGCAAAUGCUCGACGCAGCUUUUAUGUCGGAAGUAUGCACUGAUUUGAAUGAAGUAUGUGCAGCGCAAGACCUUCCGGCUACCGUGGCUCAUUUCCAAGACCAAGUUGUUCUUACGGACGGGAGACGAGAGAACAGGGAUCUCGUAAGAUACACCGACCUUUUCCAGACCAAUACCUGGUUGGAUUUGUUUUCACAACGUUAUUGGGUAUUUUUCUUGGGGGAUUACCAGGAACGCAGCGCACUCUACCCAGUUCCAAUGACUACGCUACCUAUAUAUAUACGAAUAUCCGUACCAGAUGAAAGUGGAGCUUAUGUUCCAGGGCCUAGGAUAAAUCAUGACCUUGUGCUUAGCUUGGCAGGAAUGGCGGCUCUGGAUUUGCUUCUUACUCCACUAAACAGGACUGCUGCAGAGCCUCCAGAAUUAGUUGUCAACACCUGGUGGUCGGAGCAAGCGAAUCCCAUGAUACGUACUGUGCGCCCGCUUCAGGGCCCUACCUACGGGUACCAGGCAUACCUAAGAAUGUUUCGGCGAGUGUUCACAUACAUACGCCAUUUCAAUAGACCUCGAACUGACAUUUACUUUGGGCGUUUCCCCGCAAACCUUCUACCACGAGACGUACUUGGGCAAAAAACGGAACACCUGCCAGCCCUGGAACCAGCAAUCCCAUUCACUCCCCUCCAUCACAACCGCCACUGGUGGUGCAUUAUCGUCGACUCAUAUACGGGGAAUGUCUAUCAACAUGAAUCCGUCGUUCCUGGGGGCCUUAGUGGGCCUGUCACGGCUCGAUUUAUCCAUAACAUCAACAGGACACUCAGAGAUCUUCCAACAGAACAGGUAGGAGCCCUUGUACAAAGGAGGGCUUUAAAACCUCACACAGAUAAACCGGAUGUAAUGGCAUGGGAAACUACUCAGCGUCAAUCUAGACCACAAUUCAGGGCUUAUCAUAUACAAUCCUUGCGUGCCGUAACCCACGUACCUACCGCGCGCCAGAGUGGCGGUGCCGAUUGUGGACUUUUUGUAUUAAAGUACAUGAGGAAUUUCAUUCACAGCCUUUCGGAGGGUGUUGUAGGCGCUGAAAAACGCGAUCUUAACGUCCCACGGUUUAACGUCGCUGCAGCACGUGCGGUGAUACAUACAACUCUUAGUAUUCCUAGGGUGUUGCCUCCUCUGAACAACGAGGACUCCCUAGACUCUAUAGGGCAACAGUUGGCAAGGCAUCCGGGGGAUUUUCAGCGAGCCCUGUGGCAUCUAGAAAACGCCGGUGCAAUUCUUAUUUGCUACACAAACACUGAGACUAGAGUACGGAACAAUCCUGAAGAUGGUGCUGAGGUUUUUCAGUUACCACCUUGCGUACCUCGGGUGGAUUCAAGCGGAAGGGAGACUUGCAAUUGCGGGUUUAGAGUAAUUCCUGUGCCAGAUAAUCAUAAGGUCAUACUCCACAGUACAAAAAUGCAGGAUCUGGCCGAUGCUACUGCAUGGGAGGAGUCAGAACUUGGAAAGGUUUCUGCAGCGGAAAUUGCGCAAGCCAGGGUGGAUAUACUGGCGACUACCACGUUUGCAGAAGGAACGCCAGAGUAUACGGCGGCAUUGGGAGCCGGGGCUUUGCGGAAAAAGGCUUUGGAAACUCAGGUUCUUGGACGUGCCUUGCCAAGACUUCUUGUGGGAAGGAAUUCAAGGGGACCACGACCUGGCUGUAGAGGUGGAUUUGUGAUGAGUAACCAUACUCCAGCAAUGGCAGCUGAGGACAAUAACUUGAAGGCUUGUGGAUAUAAGAUGGAAAACCCAAACCAAACUAACGUUUUGGGACCAUUUUCAUACCGGAAGCCUUAUCCAUUGUGUGUCAACGAGGCUCUUUGGGCUUGGGUUUCUAGGGAAACAACAGGAACAGAGACACAGACCACAAGUACUACUGGGGAUUUUUUACAAAGAAGUAGGAUAAGAGCUAGAAGGCUGCGUGAUAAUAAGGGUGGAAUAGUGGUAUCCAGAGAAGCACACCAGGAUUCCCCUACAGAUCACUACCAAAUCCCUGUUAUCGCUGAAAACAGAGGAUUCUGGGAGGACGCACGAAUCUCCACAGCAGCAACACAAGCUGAAGCCCUGGCACGCAAUUUAAGACGAGAGGCGCAGGAGGCUGGUUUUGCUUAUUAUGCGCCCUACAACGAUAAUUACGAUUCAUUUGACGAAACCCUACCACUCAUGUCUGGCAUUUUGCCACGCAAGGUGCGACGAACCCGUAAUAUUGAACGAAAUAGACGAAAACUUUAUGAGCAUUCGGAUUCUGAGUAUGAUACUGAUGGGGCCUUCGAUCCAACCGGCCAGUGCCGUAACAGAAAACGAUAUAGGCAAUCUGCACUGCCACAAAAUGCGUUGACCUACGUGAGCGUUGGUCCGAAAGUUCUUGAGCGCUCACUCCCAGUAGCACCUUGUUACCAAGCUCUCGACUGGUAUAUAAAUACUCAUCAGACCAGAGUAAGGACAGAAAGCAUUUUAGAGCAACAGCAAAUGCUCCGGGGGCGCAUGCAAAUUAGAGUCCUGAUCAAACAUACAAACGGGGCUGGAGGCAAAAAUCUGAGCUUUCGUACUGGUACCCUCCCAAAACAUAUCCUGCUGCAGGGGUUUCAGAGUCUUAUUAGAUAUCUUAAGGAGCCUCCCCAUGACUUGACCGAGCCAGGGGAAGAACCGAAUGUGGUUCCUCAGAUGGGAGAAACAGAUGAGUUGGAGUAUAUGACAACGACGGGUAUUGCACCUCUCGACUCUGAGGUAGACUUUGCGGCCUUCUGUGAGAAUCUAGACGCCACUUGGAAUGCAAAUCAUAACGCCACAAGUCUGAUUGAAAUAUCAAGGUGGCCGACCUAUUGUAUGAAUGAGGUUGACUUCACUUUUACCCAUGGUGGCCUCGAUCAUCCCAUCCCACGGAGUAUGCUGAAUACGUUGGGAGGUGUCGAAUCGGGAAUUCAAGCCUAUAUCUCAAAAUUUAUAGGUCCUCAAUUUGAGUUUACGUUAGAUUAUAGGCAAAUGAUGGGCGGUGUAUACGAGCAGCCACAGACCUACUGGGGAAUCCAUGAACCGAUAGUAAAUGGAAUUAGAAUUAUAGAUCCUGCUCAAAGAUUACUAGUAAACAUUACUCUCAAUAUCAGGGCGCUCAACACCAUAAUAAUCCACGAGGAGGUGAACUCAUUUGGUGGGAUAAUGACUCUUCAUAUUGCCGCAUUGGAAACCAUUAGUGUUUACUUAACUACCCAUUUUACUCGAUUGGAGAAGUUUAAACAAUUCUGCGCCAGUAGAAGCCGUCGAUUGGAGUUUGAAAAUCCCCAACUCUGUUACAACACCGGUCUUAUUCCAGGCGUCUUCAUCUGGACUCCCCUCAACACUCAGGAAUUAUGGGACACAUUUCUUCUGACAGUCACAGACGGGGAUCCAUUUGAAAUGGCUUUUAGAAGACCGAUUUUCUGUACAGGGCACAUUGAACACACGGACACAUUUGGUGGUACCAUACGUUUUCGCUUUGGGCAGCGCAGUGUAGGGCCAGAUGUGAUGGUACCAGCGGCAGUUCAUAUCCUUAGAACUGAUAUUAUCAAUAUCCCCGCCGUGACUCUGGGUCCUGUUCUUUUUGCGCACGCAGCUACUCAUGCCCCAUAUUCUCACGUCAUAUGUGAUGGGUCCUUACCGAUACCUCAUGAAAAUACUUUUUCGUAUGCCCCACCAGAUAUGCCCGGGAUACUUGGACUAUUACGAGCAUCACUGGUGAGAGGAGAUUUUGCACUCACGAGAAUUGUGAUCUAUGGAUGGAUGGUUGGUUCAGCAGCAGAGGCCGCUCUGAGGGUAGUAUCAGAUACGGCUAGAGGUCUCCGAGACACUAUACGGGCUGCUGAUGAUGCAGCAAACCCAAAUAAUCUACCCAGAGACUCCCGCUGGGUGCAGAGACAACAGCAGCUGGUAGUUGAGUAUAAUAAGAGAAAUCCACCAGUACCGGUACCGGUACCGGCACCGCUUUAG